GCGCACUCGCCCUGGGUGAUGUCCGCAUCGGAAGCCGCACAAGCGCCCGCGUUUGACUCCCCGACCGUCCAGGCGUACAUCACAUCCCGCAGGUUCGACUUUCGGAACCCCCCGUGCGCGGAAACCCAGCGCCGAUCCAUCAACGCCCACGGUUUCGAGGGUGUCCCGUCCGCACAGGGUGAGAAGCACGCGUGGGACUACUUGUCCAAGUUCAGGACGAGCGUCGUCAUCGGACAGCCCCUGAAGUACCAGGACCUACAACCCGUCUGGCCCAGCUGGGGAGUUUGCAGAAACCACUGAGACACCGACCGAGAACAUGUCCAAGAGCGGAGGAUCGUCGUGGAGUUCUUACGUGCCGUGGGCUUCCACCGGGGCGUCCUUGUUCAACCCGUUUCCCUCCGCGGACCCCGCGCAGGACCAGACCGGGAGCCCCAAGUACGGCUCCAUGGACGCGCCGAGCACGUUCGGCAUGGAACGCGCGCACGACGCGGGAUGGAACACGCACCCACCCCCAACCGCACCCCUGCCCGGGAACCAGUCGAUGUCGAAGAACAACAACUUCAGAUACCCGCCGUCGAAGUGACGAGUAAGCAACUAGACGGCGCGUAAGCAACUAGACGUUGCGUGUGUGAAAUAGAGUGUGAUGUAUAUGAAAAGCAAGUGAGUUCU